AUGCGUCUUUCCGAGAAAUUCACCCCGGAGGCCAUGCUCGGCGCCCCACGCCGUAGCCCCGCCGUGCCGAACCAGGAUGGCUCCCUCGCUCUUUAUACCCUAUCUACGUACAAUUUUGACGAUGCGAAGGACCGCAAGGAACUCAAGACGAUGGAGCUCGCAUCCGGUCGUUCAGAGGUUCUCUCUACCGACAGCGACGUGUUCGACGCCCUGUGGGUUCCCGGGACCGACGCCGAGGUCGCCUACCUUCAAAAGCUGGACACGGGUCUCACCCGGCUCGUGGUCCUCGACGCAAAGUCUCCCGACGACACGAGGCACACCGUCGCCGAGUUUGACGCGCCCGUAAAGGGACUAAAGUUGAAGGCUCUAAAUGACGGGACCAUUGCCGUCGCCAUUGCUGGACUCGUGGGCCCGGAUGGAAAAUUGUACAACGACGUAGCGCAGGAAAAGAAGAGCACCGCACGAGUCUUCGACACGCCGAGGUGGAAUACCGUCACAAGGGAGCAAAAGUAUUCGCUCUGGUACUCUCAGAUGGCGAGGCACGACAGCAAAUGGAAGAUGGAAGCAGGCCUAAACAACAUUCUACAACACACAAGCCUCGAGAUCUCAGGCGUCUAUGAUGUAGCCGAUGUCCGCGACCACUACGAUAUCGGCGACCACGGCAUUCUCUUCAACGCCACUUCUCUCAGCGCCGAAACCGAGUUCCGAGAAUGGGGCACUACCUGCGUCUACUAUGCUGCCGUUCCAUCCUUCGCCUCUCCGGCCACCUCCUACCCCCUGCAGUUCUCCAUCGGUGACGGUCCCGCCACCGGUAAGUUUUCCAACGUCAGGCUAUCCCCGGACGGCGCCCUAGCCGCCUUUGCCUACACCUCGUACGACAAGGACGUCGACGUCCGCAUCUUCAUCGGUCAUGUAGAUGCCCUAGCCGCCGAGGACGUAUUUCGGUCCAUCACCCAACGAGAACCCCUUCUGCCUCCGCGGUCUUUUGAAUUUGCUAGGGACGGGGACGCGCUUCUCUUAACCGUUCCCGCCUUCGGCCAUGUUGCGCUGCAAAUCCUCGCCCUUCAACCCGGCGCCCUUCCAGAGACCAUUUUAGGUAGCGGCUCUGUGACUGCGCACUACCCGCUGUGGAAUAUGGCCCUCUGGGCGCAACAAGGAUACGUUGUUGUCUGCCCCGAUAUUGCAGGCAGCGUAGGAUACGGUCUCAAGUUCACCCAGAGAAUUGACGGCCAAUGGGGUGGUGCUCCGUACGAGGAUCUUGUCAAUCUCGUCCAGCAUCUUGAAGACCUUCCUUACUUGGAUAUGACUCGUGGUGCCCUUGCAGGCGCUAGCUACGGCGGGUACAUGCUAAGCUGGAUCUUUGGCACUGACUUAGCGAAGAAGUUCCGGUGCGCCAUCUGGCACGACGGCAUCCUCAACCUCAACAGCCUAAUGCUCGCGUCCGAUUACCAUCUCGGCCCCUCGCAAUUCGGCGCCCCCGCUCCCUUGGGGGCCCGUUACUGCCGAGCUCAUCGACCACCCAUGGUGUUGCUUCUCGGUUUUUGA